AAAUAAUUUGAGGGUUGCAUUUAGUCUUUACUGAUACUAAUGUUGCAUCGGGCUGGCCACACUGCCCGUUCCCUCCUGUCAACUGUAACAUCUGCUGCACUCUCAACAGACUACCCUACUCUUCAUCAACACAGUAUCGAGUCCAGUGAUGAGUUUUGGAACCAAAUAGCAACAGAAAGGAUACACUGGAGAGAGCCGUACCAGACAAUCUCGGACUGCAAUUUCAAAGCAGGAAAAGUGAACUGGUUUACAGGCGGUAAACUCAAUGUGUCAGAAAACCUGUUGGACAGACAUCUAGUGGAACACAGUGACAAGGCAGCUAUACUAUGGGAGCGCGACGAGCCAGGGCAACAUGAGAUAGUCACAUACAAAGCACUCCAUGAGAUGACAUGCCGUAUUGCGAAUGUGCUAAAUUCUCACGGGGUUUCAAAAGGAGAUAGAGUGGGUGUUUACCUCCCUAUGUGCCCUACUGCUGCUGCUGUCAUGUUAGCUUGUGCUAGAAUAGGAGCUAUACAUAACGUUGUAUUUGCUGGGUUUAGUGCAGAGGCUCUUGGUAAACGUCUCGAACAAUCUGAAGCUAAAGUAGCAUUCACUGCUGACAGGGCUAUACGAGGUGGUAAACUGAUUCCUCUGAAGAGUAUUAUGGACGAGGCAGUGAAGAUGGCCCCCUCUGUCCAGAAAGUAUUUGUUAUGGACAGAACUGGAGCUGUAGAGCUCACUUCAAGCAAGGAUGUGUCUCUUGAGAGUGAAAUGGCUGGUGCCUCGUCAGAGUGUGCUCCAGUAGUAUUAGACUCUGAAGACCCUCUGUUCAUGUUAUACACCUCUGGAAGCACUGGAGCUCCCAAAGGUUUAGUUCACACUCAGGCGGGCUAUCUAACGUACGCUGGUUACACCCACCAGCAAAUAUUUGACUACAAGCCAGAUGACGUGUACGCCUGUGUAGCGGAUGUGGGGUGGAUUACCGGUCACUCGUACGUGGUGUACGGUCCUCUCAGUAACACUGCUACCACUGUUAUGUUCGAGAGUACGCCUAAUUACCCCGACCCUGGUCGUUACUGGGAGACGGUUGAAAGGCUGAAAAUAAACCAGUUUUACGGAGCCCCCACAGCUGUGAGACUACUCAUGAAGAGCAGUGAUAGUUAUGUGACCAAAUACGACAGGUCAUCGCUGAGAACGCUAGGAACAGUUGGUGAGCCUAUAAAUCCUAAAGCUUGGCAGUGGUAUUUUGACGUUGUGGGAGAGGGGCGAUGUCCCGUAGUGGAUACUUGGUGGCAAACUGAAACAGGUGGUAUAAUGAUAGCUCCCAGACCUGGCCUAGACCCCAAUAACCUCACUAACUUGAAGCCUGGAGCCGCUAUGAGACCUUUUUACGGAGUGGAUAUUGCUCUCAUGAGCCCUGACACCAAGACAAGAAUUGAAGGGAACGAUGUGGCAGGGCACCUGUGCAUAGCACAGCCGACACCAGGGCUUGCGCGCACUGUGUACGGAGACCACGAGCGCUACAUUAAAACUUACUUCGCUGACUACCCAGGCUACUACUUCUCAGGUGACGGCGGGUACAGGGACGAGGAUGGUCACAUCUGGUUGACGGGCAGGGUAGAUGACGUAAUGAACGUGAGUGGACACAGGCUAGGCACAGCUGAGGUGGAAGGAGUUCUUGUGGAUCACGUGGCAGUGGCAGAGAGUGCUGUGGUGCCGAGACCACAUGAGAUUAAGGGAGAGGGGAUAUUUGCAUAUGUCAUUCUGAAAGAAAGUGUGGACAUUGAUCACGACGUUCUGAAGAAGGAAAUGUCUGAUAUGAUUUCAACGAGGAUCGGAAAAUUUGCUAAACCUGAAGCAAUUGUGAUCUGUCCUAAUCUACCGAAAACAAGAAGUGGGAAGAUAAUGAGAAGGAUUCUGACGAAACUAGCGGCAGGGGAAAAGGACGGGUUUGGAGACGUCUCUACUUGCUCUGAUCCUUCCAUCGUGGAAACCUUAAUGCCACUUGUUGAUGCUGUUAUCUAGAUCAUAUCAGAUGUAUACAGAUCAUACUGAAUUGAAGCAUAUGUGUGUGUUGGUCAUAUCAACAAUAAAUCUAUUUCCUAAUGAAGUAUAAUUUAAUACAGGACAAGUGGGAUUAAUUGCAUGAGUACUGUAUGGGUGGAAAUAUCUGGUAUAGUUGAAUACUACAAUUUGAGAUUAUUGAGACUUAAAGUUAAUACUGAUAUCUGUUUGCAUGUUACUUGAAACCUUUUUAACUAAUGAUAUGUGAUAACUGAAUGUUUAAGUUUUUAGUAAGUAUUUUAGUAAACCUUUUUAGCAA